CGCUCUACAGACAACGCUGUCCCAGGGAGCUGCUUAAGCGGGGAAUCUUGGUCAUCAACUCACGGCGGCGACAGCUGCGGCUUGGUGUCGCUCGUCUGGUUCGCCGGGCUCCUAUCUCGCAGUGUCAUCGCUCUUAUAUUUCUUUCAGCAUUUUCUGCCCGUCUCCCGCAAAGGAUGAUUCAUCUGACUUCCAUCUCAAAAUGUUGUUCCAGAAAUCAGACUUUCCUGGGAUUUCAAUUUUGAGUCAUCUCAAUCCACAUCUCCUGCCUCUUGGAAUUAUGUCCCAAGCAAACCCAUUUUCUGAAGUGACCUCUUCCUAAAUCUGCCUCAAGAGAAAUAGUGCCUGGCCGUGAUCCUGGCCUUCUAGUUGCCUGGACUGAAGAUCCUAACCUGUCAUUUAACCUACAGUGUGACGGCCUCCCAGUUUUCAGAUGUGGUUUCUACCAACUGCAGUGGUUUCAGAAAGCCUUCUUUAUCCUUAAGAUCCUCCUCUCCACCUUGUCAGGUUCUUGGGACAACUGCGGAGCUUCCGGACCUGAUGCGGGCGCCCUGUCUUGGACUGUCCCACCUUGCUCCUCUACUGCUCCGGGUGCUCCCGCGCCCAGACUGGUUUCCGGGGAUUGUGACUUGCAGGGUCCGCCAUGGAGCCAGAGCAGAUGCUGGAGGGACAGACGCAGGUUGCAGAAAACCCUCACUCUGAGUACGGUCUUACAGACAAUGUCGAGAGGAUAGUAGACAAUGAGAAGAUGAAUGCAGAAAAGUCAUCAAAACAGAAAGUGGAUCUCCAGUCUUUGCCAACUCGUGCCUACCUGGAUCAGACAGUUGUGCCUAUUUUAUUACAGGGACUUGCUGUGCUUGCAAAAGAAAGACCACCAAAUCCCAUUGAAUUUCUAGCAUCAUAUCUUUUAAAAAACAAGGCACAGUUUGAAGAUCGAAACUGACUUAUUGGGAAGAACAGAAAAAUUUGGUUUCUACUGUAGAUUUACAUGAUUAAGAGGCAGCUUUAAUUGCCAUGAUUUUCCCCCCUUUUUGGAAGUAUAAGAACCUUCAGGACAACAGAACUUAUUUCCGGAAUUACAGAAGAAAACAUAUAUCCCUUAUUUUGAUUUAAUCACCAUACUUAUUUAAUGAGUGUAUUCUGUGCAAUUUUUUCUCAGAUUGUCUUUAACUUUGUUUUUAAAAUGACCUUCAAAAUAAACUGUUAAAACGUCA